GGAAUGGGGAGAAUCGUUGAAGCCGUUGCCUUCCAUGUGUAGGAGAACGGGGAUCCUGGAGGGCUUCGCUCCAGCUGAGUAGGUAGCAUGCCUCCAAUUUCCUGUUCUCAUUCCAUGACCACCUCUGUGUAAGUGCAAGUGUUAGCCGUGGCACGCCCUGCCCCUUUCUGCAUGUUUUGUUCCGCUUCUUUUCUGCCGUUCAUAUCUCUUGUCUUGCUGUUUCCUGAUACAGUAUCUCGUCCGUCUAUAUGGUCCCUGGAAUCGUUUCGUCCUUGCCGCUCGUUGGAGCGACCUUUCGCGGAGCGGAUACAACGUUGAGGAGGGGUAUAUCGCGCGGCCAAUGUAGAAGCCUGUCCUUUUGGAGUCAGCCAUCUGGCAGCUAUGGCUUCUUCUCUCAUAUACUCAACCUUGUCGAUUCUCUGCAUCUUUAUCUUUCCUUUUCGGCAGGGCAGGUGAAACGAAGGACCAUGGGGCUCUCAGAGAUAUCCAGAGUUCGAAUAACGUCUCUUUCUCGGCAAGCCUGGGUUCAUGAUGCAGGAAGCUCUGGCUUGUUAACAUGCGAUUGGAACCCGAGGUCGGCCUCGUACCAUGGGAUGUUCCCGGCGUCCUACCUCUCGUUUCCAGGUGCCAGGGCAUGGAUCGCUGCACUCACCGGCUCGUCACCUCCUGUCUCUGACCACGGAGUCAGCCUUCACGUCCGCAAGCAGCUGGAUCCCGCAAUCACUUGGAAUGCGUUUGGGUACUGCUUGGUCGCUGUCACCAAGUCCUCACCGCCCGUUUGAUCUGACCCUGUGAUGUCGGCGCCGCACUGCCACUGUGCAGCCCGACCUCGAUGACUGCGUCGGCUCGCCGUGACACGACGCAAUGGU